UCUCUCUCCCUCUCAGUUUCUGUGUCUGUAGAACUAAAACCUCUCUCCCCCCGUCUCUACUUGACAGGCCGUCACCACGUUCAAUUCACUCUGAGUGCCUCUCUCUCAGCCCUCACCGACGGCCGGCCACCGGAGACCACGAACUCCAACCACUGCUGACGACGAGCCACCCACAUCUCCGGCGACGAGCUACCCACCGUCAAAAUCCCCAAAUUUCAAAACCCCAACCCACUGUCAAAAUCCAUCUUCCCUCUCUCCAACUGACGACGAAACGCACAGGUUUUGGCACAAUGGUUGCUGUUUGUACAUUCGUGAGGCAUUUCUCACGGACGCGUGCGGAGAAUCUGAGAAAAAUCAACCCGAAGGUGACCCCUCAAGAGGCCUCUUCCAUUGCUCAAGACCUCUACCAUGUUAUCAAGCAACGCGGCCCUCUCACUGUCUCCAACACUUGGAUUCACGCCCAGGAAUCUGGUGUUAGUGGAUUGAACAGCAAGACACAUCUGAAGCUAAUGCUCAAAUGGAUGAGGGGGAGGAAGAUGCUGAAGCUGCUCUGCAACCAUAUUGGAUCGAGCAAGAAAUUUCUGCUAACUACUUUGCCUGAAGAGCCUGGAACUGAACAAUUGAAAAGUCCCUCUAGUCUGAAACGGCAGACUGAGAAGCCUUCCAUAAAGCGAAAGAAAGCCAACUAGAUAAGAUGCUUGUAUCAGGGCGGAUUGGUACAUAAAUGGGGAACUUGCCGUUUAUGAUCCUUUGUGACAUGAGUGCCUCUUUGAGAUGAUGUGUGUUUAACAUCUUUCGUGCAUCAUGAUUGCUGCCAAAAACUUCUUUUGCUAAUAAUAUGUUAGGCUUUUUUGUA